AUGGAGGGCAUGGAUUUUGAGGAUAAGAAGUCCAAGAAGUACUGCAUGAAGACAAAGCAUGUGGCCAUUAUCUGUGGCACCGUGGUCGUUGUAGGUCUAGCUGUGGGGCUUGGCGUGGGACUGAGCAGACCUAAACCUCAGCCAUCUCCAGAAGAUAUUGAGCAGCCAACAGUCCCUCCACCAGAGGAUCUGGGUCCUUGUCCUCCUAAAAAUGAUGAUACUGGGGAAUGGAGCCAUUUCAGGCUACCCACUUAUAUCAAGCCUGUCCACUAUGACCUGGAAGUGAAGCCUGAAAUGGAGUUGGAUACUUACACCGGGACAGUCAAUAUUUCUAUUGCUUUGGAAAAACCUACCAGUUACCUGUGGCUCCAUCUGCGAGAGACCAAGAUUACAGAAAUGCCCACACUCAAGAAAUUUUCAGGACAGCAGAUUGCACUGAAUGACUGUUUUGAAUACAUACUUCAAGAGUACAUAGUGAUGAAGGCAGAAGCAGAGCUCUCUCCUGCUAGCGAAAGCGAGCCCUAUGUGCUUACCCUGAAAUUUCAAGGCUGGCUGAAUGGUUCCCUGGUUGGGUUUUACAGGACCACCUACACAGAGAACGGAAAGACCAAGAGCAUUGCAGCUACCGAUCAUGAGCCAACAGAUGCACGGAAAUCAUUUCCUUGCUUUGAUGAGCCCAACAAAAAGGCAACUUAUACUAUAUCUAUCAUUCAUCAACAAGAGUACCAAGCCCUUUCAAACAUGCCAGUACAGCAAACUGUACCUCUGGACAAUGGCUGGAUUCGGACAACUUUUGAGCAGUCAGUUCCCAUGAGCACGUACUUGGUAUGCUUUGCGGUGCACCAGUUUGAGUGGAUAGAGAAAAUAUCCGCUAGUGGAAAACCUCUGAGAGUGUAUGCACAGCCACUACAAAUACACACAGCAGAAUAUGCAGCAAACGUAACAAAAAUUGUGUUUGACUUCUUUGAAAAUUACUUUAAUUUGAGCUAUUCUCUUCCAAAACUAGAUAAAAUAGCUAUUCCAGAUUUUGGGACAGGCGCCAUGGAGAACUGGGGGCUGAUCACAUACAGAGAAACAAACCUGCUCUAUGAUCCCAAUGAGUCUGCCUCUUCCAACAAACAGAGAGUAGCAGCUGUGAUAGCCCAUGAGCUCGUUCAUCAGUGGUUUGGAAAUAUUGUGACCAUGGACUGGUGGGAUGACUUGUGGUUAAAUGAAGGAUUUGCCAGUUACUUUGAGUUCCUAGGAGUAAAUGUUGCAGAACCAGAUUGGCAAAUGCUUGACCAGGUUUUAAUUGAUGAUGUGCUUCCUGUAAUGAAGGAUGACUCUUUGCUGUCUUCACACCCAGUUGUGGUUGAUGUGUCGUCUCCAGCUGAAAUCACCUCUGUGUUUGAUGGGAUAUCCUACAGUAAGGGUGCGUCGAUUCUCCGAAUGCUUCAAGACUGGCUGACACCGGAGCUCUUCCAGAAAGGGUGUCAGUUAUAUUUGAAGGACAAUUAUUUCAAGAAUGCCAAGACAGACGAUUUCUGGGCAGCAUUGGAAACGGCAAGUAAUAAACCUGUGAAGGAAGUCAUGGACACAUGGACUAGGCAGAUGGGUUACCCUGUUUUGGAAAUGGGAACUAAUUCAGUGUUCACACAGAAACGUUUUCUCUUGGAUCCCCACGCAAAUGCUUCUUACCCUCCUUCUGAUCUCGGUUACAAAUGGAAUAUUCCAGUGAAAUGGGGACUUGGGAGUUCAAUGAAUUAUACUUUCUACAAUAAAUCAGAUUCUGCAGGAAUUACAGUAACAUCAUCUCCCAAUUCUUUUGCGAAAAUUAAUCUAGACCACAUUGGAUUAUAUCGGGUGAAUUAUAAUAGCCAAAACUGGGCUAAUUUAGCUAGUCUUCUGGUCAACAACCACACAAGAUUUUCAGCUGCUGACCGUGCAGGAAUUUUGGAUGAUGUCUUUUCUUUAGCAAGAGCUGGACUCGUGAAUUACUCUGUUCCUCUGGAGCUCACAAAAUACCUAACAAAUGAAACAGACUAUUUACCCUGGCAUAGAGCUAUAUCAGCUGUAACUUACCUCGCAGACAUGCUUGAAGACGAUACAAAUCUCUAUCUUCGGUUUAAGGACUAUUUUCGCUUCCUGGUAAAACCCAUUGUGAAUCAACUGGGCUGGAGUGAUUCUGGAAGCCAUUUGGAAAGGCUUCUUCGUGCAUCUGUUCUAGACUUUGCAUGCAGUGUUGAUGACACGGAAGCUUUGAACAGUGCUUCAGUCCACUUUGAGGAAUGGCUACGAGGAAAAAAUCCUCCUGUAAAUCUCCGACUCCUGGUGUAUCGCUAUGGGAUGCAGAACUCAGGCAAUGAGUCAUCUUGGAAUUACAUGUUCAAGAAAUACCAAGAUACUUCAUUAGCGCAAGAAAAAGAAAAGCUCCUCUAUGGCCUGGCAUCAGUGAAUAACAUCACCCUUUUGGACAGGUAUUUGAAAUAUAUUUACAAUACCAGCCUCAUCAAAAGUCAAGAUGUUUUCACAGUCCUGAGAUACAUCUCCUAUAACAGCUAUGGGAAAACAAUGGCCUGGGACUGGAUACGGCUCAACUGGGAAUACUUAGUUGGCAGAUUCACUAUCAAUGACAGAAACCUUGGCCGAAUAGUAACCAUUACACAAACCUUCAACACAGACCUCCAGCUUUGGCAGAUGGAAAAUUUCUUUGAGAAAUACACUAAUGCAGGAGCAGGAGAAUCACCCAGGAAGCAGUCAAUUGAGCAGGUGAAGAACAAUAUCGAAUGGCUAAAAGAAAAUAAGGAAGACAUACAGACAUGGCUAGAAAGGUGGCCACACUCUUAA